GUGUGUGCGAUCGAUGAGCGUUCGAGCGAGCGUGCACGUGUAGUUUAGUAGUGACUGACUGCUGGGUGUGUGAGGAGGGACGCACAUGCUGCUGUGCGCGAAUGUGCUGUGCUGACUGCUGCGUGUGUGAUGAAGACUUCGGACCGACGGACGCGACGCAACACGACCGAACUGCCAGCGGGCAGGGCGAAUGAACGAAGCAAGGCAGUAUGUUGAGGGAAUGGAAGAAGAUGCGUGAGGCAAAUUCCAGUUCACCGUCACUUUUAAAUAAAUAAUGGAAAGAACUCGUCUACCGCCUUAAGGAAAAUUCCCAUUCGACACAUGUCAAUUUCUUCCUCUGCUGAAUUUUCGGCACACGUGUUUUUUCUUGCUCAGGAAAUUCUAUAAACUUUUUAAAAAUAAUAUUUUCCAGCUGAGGAAAAGAAGAUAAUGUUGCAGUGCAACUGACAUAUCCUACUGGUCAAAUUUGUUACCAAGAGUUGAAGUGCUUUGCCAGUUAAGCAGAAAGGCACUUCACUCUGUUACCAGUACUAAUUGUGUAUUAUUUCAGAUGUUUAAAUUCCAAUGAUUGAAGUGCCUUUAGAUAAAAAGAUGAUGUGGAUCUUUUUUCCAUUGGCUCAGACCUAAUUGAGAUAUCAAAGAGCCAGUCACUAAAAUUAUAACCCAGUUGUGUAGGUCAGGUCAGGUCAGUUCCCUGCCUUGGCCAGACUUCAGGGGUAAGUAAAGCAUUGUAUGUUUAUUUCCCAAAUUUAAAGAUUUAAAGUAACGACGUCAUUAAAUAAUGUAUAAUAAUAUUUUUGUAAACUUUCGGUUAUUGAAUUUAGUCCAAGUUUUUGAAUAUGAUAUUGUUGAAAAUUUCUUCCAAUUUUUCAUGUGUUAUGGACAUGUUUAUUUUAUUGAUUUGCAUCAUUUAUCUUUUCCGAGAUUUGUUGGUAUUGUAACGUAGGUUAAGAACAUUGUAUAUGUGUGCGUGGGGUCACCGAUUUAUUCCGUUGUGUGAUCGUCGCAGUGAUAACUAGCGGCAAUCCUCAUUUCAGGUGACUUCACUAGUAUAUGAAUCCAAGGUAACUUACUGACCUUUAAAAAAAACUGUGAUAUGAGGAGGUCCGUUCAAAACUGCUGUAGCAUUGAGUUUGGUCAGUGAGGUAAAUGAUGCAGUUAAUUUUUUAAAACACCAGUCAAGGCGGCCAUCAGCGCCGCCUUUGAUGCAGUGGUUUGGUUCGGACCGCCUCAUCUAUUCCUGACUGAUGUGUGAUAAUUGCGUCCCUGCGUGUGCCUGCGAAUAAAUCACAUGCCAGCCGAAGUGUGUUCACGACCCUUCCAACGGCAUGGAAGUACGUAAUCUGCAUUGUAUCAAUGAGCUACUUGUAUGCUUGUGAGCAUGAGUGUGUUUGAGUGUUUUAAAGCCAGUUAAAAGUGUAAACAGUUCAGUUGCCAACGACAAAAAUGACAGACUGUAUGAACCUGGUGAUCGUUUCUACUUUUUGGGGCGGUGUGUGUGAAUGUGUUAUUUUUUUAUGGAUGCUUGUGCGAGAGUUGUGUGUUGUGUGCCAUGACAGAGGUAAUGUGCAAGCUUGUUUCAUCCCACCCAUCCAUUCUGUGUUCCCGCGAGUCUCCACGACCUUCCCUAAAGUGGUCGCUGAAAGAAUCCUUAAACCUGAAUCCCGUUCCUGUUGCUACUGCUGCUUGUUUAUAUGCCAAUGAUUAUUAAGGAAAAAAAACCCUAUGUAAGGUUCAAGUAUAUAAGUUACGUUAUUCUUGCUAAACGUAUUAUUGUCCGUCACUUUAAUUUGUUAAUUUGAAGGUGCAUCCUAAAAGCAAUGAUAAAAAUAUGAUGUUGGCAACUUUCUGUAGCCUAGUUAUUGAGAAAGAUUUUUUUGGAAUACUCCAAUGCACUUUUUUUUCAUAGGGUGAUAAAACAAUUCUGUAAUGCAGAUGAAUAAAAAUUAUCUUGAAGAUUUAGAAGUACUUGAAGGAUUAAAUUCUACCAGCAUGAUACACUUUCCCAGCAAGUUCUUUUUAUUUGUCAUGGGAUUAUCAGGAAUUACUUUGCCCGCGUUCUAGAGGCACAUAAAGUGAGUACCAGGGUAAGUGAUGGCUAUAGAGUGAGGUGUCGCUUGAAACAGCGUAUAUAAGAAUUUAUGUUCUGUGACACUCACACUGUGACUAAUGGAUGCCAGUGAAGGGGUUUUCUGAACAGUCAGGAGAGGCACUGCUAGGGCUUCCUUCGUCUUGCAUUGUCAGUCCCAGCAAUGUUGCAGCAGAAUGAAGCUCGACCGCGGACACAGGUCACUGUAAGUUGCAUUUCAUUUUGUCUCCAAAACCCCAAGACUCCUACCAUUUUCAAGAACAUCCUCUUUUCAGAUUUGUGUAAUGUUUCAUUUUGUGAUUUUACAGACAUGAUGGACCAGUGAUACACAUUAUCACAAAGCUAAUCACACUACGCUACACAUGUUCCAUAGUCAUUUUUCCGUAACGAGGUGAGCGGUCGCCAAGGUAAUUGUGUCAAGCUUAUGAAUUCCUGUAAUCAGGGAUGCAGUUUCAAAAGUCAAAGCUAUUUGAAGAGGCUGACUUUCCCGCUUCAAACACGUCAUAUAUUAAAGAAGCUCUAAUAACUGUGUAGCUUUUGAAAGUUCCAAGAAAUGCAUACUCCGUCAACUACGGCCCUGCCUGUAAUUUAAUUAGUGAUAAUAAUUAAUGUAACUAAUAACAUUUAGUUGUACCAUACUAUGUUAACGGGUGUACAAGUACAACGGGAGACGAAUGUUAGAGCCGUGAUUUAAACCGAACUUCUCGAGCUGCUACUGGCCCGUUUAAAAGAAAUAGGUGCAGACGACGCUGUGUUGUGUAGUGUGAUGCUGUUCUGGCCGUAGGAUGGCAUGGACUUGGACGACAUCUUGCCUCAUGUGGGGGAGUUUGGACACUAUCAGAAGCUGUUGCUGUGGCUAGUUUGUCUUCCCGCUUGCGUACCGUGUGGCUUCUUUGCCUUCAACCAGUUGUUCAUGGCUGAUGUCCCCGAUCACUGGUGCCAUGUGCGUGAGUUCAUGGACCUGCCCGGUAGAAGUCCCCAGGACCGCAGACAACUUGCUAUUCCCAUUGAGGAAAAGUCAAAUUUGACAUUCAGCCAGUGUUUGCGCUACGCAGUGAACUGGACAGCGCUGCUGCAAACACACUCCCUAGCGGAGAUCGCCCCAAACGAGAGCUGGCCUGUUGAGCCAUGUUCCACAGGUUGAGAGUACAACACCACGCAAGUUACAUCUUCCAUUGUUAUAGAUGUGGGUUAUGUGGAACGUAAAGAGUUGGAUGAACUUACAGGCCUCUAUCAUGCUUUUACCCCCAUGUUUGGGCGACGUCUGUCUUUCUUCACGUGUUUGGUCGUCUUGAUAAUUGGGAACUUACUGUCUGCAGCUGCUCCAGAUUUCUGGCUAUGGGCCACAUUGAGAUUCAUAGUAGGGCUUACAGUGCCUGCAAUCUACCAAAUUCCAUUCAUCAUUUCAUUGGAACUUGUGGGCCUUAACUACCGUUCAUUUGUAACAGUGAUGACCUGUCUGUUCUACUCGGCAGACCUCAUUUUAUUGGCUGGAGUGACAUAUAUGGUGUGGAAUUGGGUUGUCCUGACACUCGUUACCUCUGCCCCUUUUCUGUUAUACUUCAUAUACUGGUGGUUCCUUCCAGAAUCUCCAAGAUGGUUGCUUGCUAAAGGCCGCUUUGAAGAAGGGUCACAAAUCCUUGAAACCUUGGCAAGGGUAAAUAAAAAUGAGCUACCACCAAGCUUCAAACUGAAACUCAAGGUACUUGAUUUUUUAUAUUAUUUGUGAUUUAUUUAAUGACUCUGUCGUUGUUUCAUACUGUGUAAUGUUGGUAUUACACAUGAAUAAAAGAUGAAUAGUCAUGUAUGAACCUUAGCAAAACAUAUUGGUAUUAGAAGAAUAGAGAAAAGUAAAAGUAGAAGAAAUAUGUGAUUUAUUUUUCUCAGCUCUUGACUAAUUCUAUUAAAUAUUUUCCCAGUUUUCAAAUCUUUGUAACGUAUUUAUGUCUAAAAAAUGUAAACACUUAGAGUCUUAAAUGUUUCAUGUCACCGUGGAAAAUAUUUAAUUUCUAUCAGUUAUGCAACAUGGCAUAUGCAUAUCACACUAACAUAAUGAUAAACUGUUAACCCCAGAAUUAAAAUUUGACACGUAGUUGUGUAGUAUGGAAGUGCAAGUCCCCAAUUCUUAAAUGAUAAUCAUUAAUGGGGAAAAAAUUUGGAAAAAGAUUGUGAAUUUUAUAAGUGGCUAAAUUAUAUUGUAUUAUCAAACUUUCAUUGUGGUCUUCUGGGUUGUUUGACCUGAUAUGUUGGGUGGUAAUGGAUCCUUGGGGCCUGCGCUGGCCACUAAACGUUCAGCUUGACUGGUUACUACCUAGACCCUCGGGGUUCGAUUUCCGGUGGGCACCUUCUGUUAUCUCUGCUUUGUCCAUGCCGGCUUUCAAUUACCUCAGUCCCCUAUUAAAUGGGCAGGUGGUGCCCAUCCUAUGGGCAUAAAGGGCCUAAGUCUGAAGCGCGUCACCUUGAUGCAGCACCUCUAAAACGUCUGCAAAUUUAUACCAGACUACACGGCGCAACAUCCCGGAAGACUAAUACCCAUAUUCACCGCUGUGAAAACCUGAAAUUUAUAUGACAAAUAUUCAUCCAUAGCACUGACACAUUGUCAUUAUUUUAAAUACAUUCUAAAUUGGCUUUAUCAUUUCGUCCGUGAGUAAAAUUAUACACCAUGUGAAUAUAAAUGGUAUUUGAAUAAGCAUAUUCUUUUACUUAUAAUAUUUUCGUCUUUCACCAAUAAUUUUGUCGUGAUUAGUCUCCUAUACAUUGUCAAAUUCUGCAGUCAAGUGAUGAAUAGCCUAAAUAACUUUAUAUGUUG